AUGGCUGCAUCAGGCUUUGAGCACGCAUCCAAUGUCGUCGGUCCUAGGGCCUCGACCCCCAACCCGAUCAAGGCCCCAGGGCCGCCGAACAUCAAGGAGGCAAUCAUGAACCUCGCAGACAAGGGUCUAUAUGCUAUUCCAGUGCGCAUGUUUUGGGAUUCGAUGGGUAAUGAGGGUAAGGGGAAGAAGGACGCCGUCUUUCCCAGCAGGUGGGGGCACAUCAAGGACCGAGACUCUUGGCAAAAGUCCAUUGCCACUGCCCUCUUAGAGGUGCCGGAUGCAAACGGGCUUGCUAUUCUUACGGGCCCAAGCGCUCUGAUGGUUAUAGAUGUCGACAAUUCAAGCACCAAAAAGAAGCUUCCAGGGACGGAGCUUUGGAACCGCUUGGUUGCCACUCAUGGUGAACCGUCGACACUGAGGGCAAAGACCGGGUCAAAUGGAUUUCACCUGUACUUUAAAAGCAACAGUCCCGGCCUCAUUCGCAAGUCGAACUUUGCAGGCUUGAAAUCGGGCGGCGACCUCCCGUAUGGUAUUGAUGGUCGCUCCGUUGGAGGUUGCGUAUAUGCUGACCCGGCAUGCUACAGGGACGGUCAGGGGAAGCUUCUAAGCUACGAGUGGCUAAACGGUCCACCAAGCUAUGAAACUUGCUCCGAAAUGCCCAGAUGGUUAUGCACAUUGGUUAAUAAUGGCGGUGAUAGCGGCUCCACCAGUGAGAUCCAAUCAGUGGGUAGCCCCGAGAUCCCGGCAGUAUGCGCUUUGGCUAAUCAGGUGGAUCCAACUAACCGCAAUGAUGACCAACCAUCAGCUUUUAACAGACCGUCGAACGACACGACCCUCCUGAGGACCGAGCUCUCCAACAUGCUGAGAAAAAAGGCCGGUGAUUCUUCGAACACGUACGCGAGCACGUUGCCGCAUGGCCUAUACGGAACGUACUUCUGCUACAGGACGAGAGGGCCGAGGACGUGCUACCUCGGGCAUCGUCACACUGGGAGCAAUAACUUUAAUCUGCUGAAGCGCGGGCGCAACGUGUACUAUCGCUGCCAUGGCCAGGAUUGCUCCCAUAGACCUCCGAAGAAGCUCGGUGUGCUAAGCCUGAAAGCUGCGCUGCAAGACGCGACCACGCAGCCGGUCCACCACUUCGACGAUAUGCAAGCCAUCACGCAAUACACUCGAGGGAACGAAGAGGUGCAACAGCUCCUCCUCAAGAUCGUGGCCGAGCACGCCGCGCCUCAAGCAUAUUUCAAUCUGGGGGCGACUCAAGCGGAACUGACCAAGCUCGCCGAACAGGCAUGUCUCAAGCAAAGAGAUCAGAGCUUACCAAGCUUCGGCAAGAUUAACGUGCAAGACAUUGCUGAUGUGCGAAAGUGCUUGCCAGCCAUUGUCAACGAGCUCUACGUCGAAGAUCUAAUGGACCUAUUCGAUCAAGACAACCAUGUCGCCAAUGCUCCGAACGGAGUGAUCGACCUCCGAACAGGCGACCUCUCGCCGCAUCACCCGCAAGAUCUAUGCAACAAUACUACCUGCACAUACAUUAAGGGCGCUUCGAAGAGCUCAACGGCCCGCUUCCGCACUUUCUCGAUGGACGUCCUCCCACCGGAGUACAUUGAUUGGCUUCAGAUAUUUUUGGGAUAUUGCCUAACUGGCGAGACGAGCGAGGAGCUAAUUAUUAUCAUGAACGGGGAGGGUUCAAACGGGAAGAGCGUGCUCGCAACUGCAAUACGUCGGGCGUUCGGAAGCUACAGCACGGCCGGUAACAAGGCGAUCUUUAUCAAGCCCACUUUCAAGGCAAACGCGUCAGCAGCUUCGUCCCAUCUGAUGUGCAUCAAGUCGAAACGCUUCGUUACAAAUGACGAAUCAGAGAAGGAUGAUCAUCUGAACGGAUCGUUUCUGAAAGAAGCGGCCUCUGGCAAUCCUAUCGAAGCGCGAGAGCUUUUCUGCAAACCGCAGGUUUACAUUCCUCGGUACAAGCUAUGCCUCUUCACGAAUUUCAGGCCGCAUUUCCCGAGCGAUGAUGCCGCGUUGGUCCGCAGGAUCGUGCUGCUCAUGUUCGAUUUUAUAUUCAAGUCACCGGACGAACUGGAUCGGAACAACAAGAGACACAAACCAAUGGACCUGACGCUCAAGUCGUACUUUGAAUCGGCCGAAGGAGCGGCGGAUGUACUGGACUUUUGCGUGGAGGGCGCAAUGAAGUACUAUGCGAAGAAAGAGCAAUCUCCGGAAUCGAAGGUUCUCUCUCCCAUUCCGGAGGGAUGCCGUGCUGCGGCACGGGAGUAUGCAGCGGAGAACGACAAGCUUCAAUGUUCCAUCGACGAAUCGUGCGUGACAGGCGUCUCGUUAAGCGUCACGAAGGUCGACUUCGUGGACCGAUUCUUCGAGUUCCUGUGUGCGGGUGGGCACGACACGAGCUUAGCAGGGGACAGCUUGGCGAGAGCGAUGAACAUUAAGGGCUUUACGAGCACGCCACAAGAUGGCAAAAAGAAUAGGAUGAUCCGGAUGCUAGACGGAUCCGGGAGGAGAGGAGGCUUUUUCGGAAUCCGUCUCAAGACCGAGAAGGAAAUGCAAGAGGAAUCGGCGGGUGAUGACUGA